UUUCUUUAACGAUCUUGGUAAAUAGUGUUUUUAUUUUAUGCACUUUGAUUCUAUAUUAAGUGGGGAAGGAUUGUGUCUAUAUAUUUUUAAAAAGUGUUGUGUAGUUUAUCUGCUAUUUCAUGUUAUGUUCGGUGUCAUUGAGCUAAAUUCCUGUGAGGUUGUCUUAGCGCCAUUUGGUGAAAACUUGAAACAAAUUUAACUUGUCUUUUAGUUGAUAACUCAAGGAACAUUAAAUACCAUAAAAAUGUCGGAAGCUGAUAUGCCUACAUUCAAAUGCGUGCUGGUCGGCGACGGUGGUACUGGCAAAACCACAUUCGUAAAAAGACACUUGACUGGAGAGUUCGAGAAAAGAUACGUCGCUACUUUGGGAGUUGAAGUCCAUCCCUUAGUUUUCCACACAAACCGUGGUCCCAUAAGAUUUAAUGUUUGGGACACAGCCGGCCAAGAGAAAUUUGGUGGUUUACGAGAUGGAUAUUACAUCCAAGGUCAAUGUGCUAUUAUCAUGUUCGAUGUAACCUCCCGUGUAACAUACAAAAAUGUACCAAACUGGCAUAGAGAUUUAGUACGAGUUUGUGAAGGCAUUCCGAUCGUACUGUGUGGCAACAAAGUUGAUAUCAAAGACAGAAAAGUCAAGGCAAAAACAAUUGUGUUCCACAGGAAAAAGAACCUCCAGUAUUAUGAUAUCUCUGCCAAGUCAAACUACAACUUCGAAAAGCCUUUCUUAUGGCUAGCACGGAAGCUAAUUGGUGACGGUAACCUAGAGUUUGUCGCAAUGCCUGCACUUGUGCCCCCAGAAGUUACAAUGGACCCACAACUGGUUAACCAAAUCGAGAAGGACCUCAAGGAAGCUCAAGAUACUGCUCUGCCAGAAGAGGAUGAGGACUUGUAAAUAUAAUAUACUAAAUUAAAUUCUCAGUGCCCUAAAACAUGAUUAAGUCAUGAGAGAGCAUGUGUUUUCUGUAGAUAUUCCAUCAAGUACCUACUAUUAUUGUAUUGUCUCAUUAUAAUACAGUUUUAGCUAUUUUGAUUUUAUACCUGUGGAAAGUCCUAAUAAUUAUAAUAUGUAAUUUCCCAAAGGUUUGUUCACUUGAUCAGAUAUCAACAGAAAACUGGUUGUGUUCAACCUAAGUUUGUAUACACCUUUCAUUCCAUUCGAUUCUGGCGAUCAAGAAGUACAUAACUAUAAAAUUACUCAUCUUAACAUUAAUUUCAUAGUGAGUAUUUCCAUGUCGAAAGUUGUAAUGUAUGUUAGCAUUCUAAAAUAAGUUAAUGUAAUUAUUUCAAAUUGUUGUUUGAUGAGGUCUGAGUUGAAAUUUAUACAGCAGCUUAGACACUCAAAAUGGUAUUACUUUUAAACCAGUAUAAGUUAACAUUAAUUUUGUAAAAUAACCUACUUAUGUUAUUGAGCUAUUAAAAUUGUAAUUUAUGCAAGUCAGGUCCUACAAAUAAACUCACUUAUUUAGUGCCUAUGGUAUUAUGCAAGUUACAUCAUUAAUUUGAUAGCAUAGAUUAAUAGUAUACCUACUCAUAAGACAUUUUUUUUUGUAUAAUUAACACAAUUUUUGUUACACACAAGGACUGACAAUAUUCAUUGUAAAAUUGUGGUGAUAUACUUUUUGAAUAAAGCUGGAAAAAUA